UCUCGCAUCUGCACCGCCGACGCAGUGCACCCUGGAGCGUGUAUCUAGCGCGACCAUCCAUGCUGAUACUCGCCAGCGGCAUCUAAAACGUGCUCGGCGUUGAUAUAAAGGGCAAAGACCUGCAGGAGAAUGCCGUCAGAAGAUCUGUUGUUGUUGUUGGACGCUGCGCUCAAAGAAAAGUUCGAGUUUGAGCCGGAUGCCGGUUUCGACCGUGGGCACGGAGACACCCCAAUCGAUGAAGACUAUCUCGAACGUCUCCGCUUUUUCUUUGAUGACAAUCUCCUUUUGGCCGCCUUGGAUCUAGUAGAUAGAGACAGCGUCGUCAAGUUCAAUACAUCAUGGGGUCAUACACGGUAUCAAGUUCUCGGCACCACGACAACAUACUCCGUGUUCCCAGGCCAGACCAUCGGCUCAAGACGGAUACCGUCCUACUGCACAUGCGCUUCUUUUGCGUUCUCUGUACUUGUAACAGACGCACAGUACAUGUGCAAGCAUUUACUUGCUGUCGUCUUGGCCUUGCGACUGGAUAGAUGCCUUGAACGCACUGCUAACCCAGACGAUAUCGCCCAAAUUUGUGCUCGCUCGGUGUCAUGACGUAUUGCUCCUGGGCUUCUUGCCGCAUGCCGUAGUAGCAAGGUACGUAGCGUCGAUGUGGCACGGCUCUUGGCGCCGUCGGAAAUCUGUAGGCAGACGGUAUUGUUACAACGACCGGUCGGGAAAAAGUAUUAGUUGUAACUAUUAUAUGUCGCGUCCUUAGUGAGAGUACCCGGGGCAGUACCAGUGCCAGUACUACAGUACCGCCGGUUCUCGUUGCCCCAUGGCUAACGGCAGCUGU